AUGGAGGAGCCACAGUCCAGGGACCCUGAAGUCACAUCGCCGACUAUUCGGUCUUCAUCGCCUUCACCCUCUAUCCCUGCCACCCCGGCCAUUUCUUCAUACUCCUCGCCAGACCGAACUUUCUCCUCCGUCUCCUCCCACUCUGCCUCCUCCGCGACCUCUGCCGACGCUCGGUCCACAGUUUCAACUUCUUCCCGCCGCCAUGGAUACACUCGUGCGCUCGGUGCUGAGUUUGCUGAGUCCGCUCGACACCGAGACAGUGUCAUGAGUCUGGGCAGCAUCGCCCAUUUACAAUACUAUUUCGCUCGCACGGGUCUCUUAGACGGGAAGACGGGCCGAGGCAAGGAGUUCAAGAAAAAAAAUGGCGAGAAUGUGCCCCGACUGUUGAUCACUCCGAAUGAAGGACAUAUCGAUGACUUAGUCGCAAGCCCAUCUGAUAUGGCUGAGUCGCCAGAGUUUGAUCCUAAUAAUGACGAGGAGGGGGAGGUCAUGUUGCCUCCUACUGUCAGUACCUACAGCAUUAAAACACACCAUAUCCCGCCCCCGCCAGACCUGAUAUCGCUACGUCGGGAUCUACAAGUUGCGCUAGAAAAAGCAGACAACAAUAUCGAGGCGGCUGAAGAGGGAAUCGACCCCCGCGAACCAUUUCGGUCUAGCCUUUCUCCCGAUGAUGUUCCAGAGGCAUUGGAGGAGGAUCCGGCGCGGGGAAUGCCGACCCCACAGACGAAAGAAGAAGCACAAGGCAUGUGCAUCCUGGAUAAUGUGACACUGGCAAUCCGUGCCGCCAAGAUCUACUACACCGCUCACCCGCACCCAGAACGCCUCGCAUCCCUCAAAAGUGAGCGCGAGAUCCGAAAGGACCUCUUCCACGUCCUAGACGUUCUAAAGCGAUGGGCAGCCCGACACUUUGCCUGUGGAUUGCGGCCUGAGGAACGUGAAAUAAUCCAAGGAUGGAUUUCCGGGGUCCGAACCAUGCUGGUCAGAGAGAAAGCUCUGGAAGACCUUGAGGCCCAAGAACGAGAAAACUGGGACUGGGCUCAAGGCGACUGGACCGGACGAGAGCGGGCCCGCGAGGAAUCUUUCCUCCGAAGUUUGAUGCCGGGUGGUCAUACACUGCCGGAGUGGACUCCGAUUGAGGAUGAUGCCAGCAUUGAAGACCUCCCCCACACCUUACACAACAUCGCGGUCAAAAAGUCUAAGCGCCCCUUUGGCGAGAUUAAGGCUUUCCAUGAGGACAUCGCGAAGCCAUAUCGACAAGCCGAUAACCUGCGGUACUGGAUCAAAGCUGCAGAAUUGCGAUGGGAGCUACGGUUCCAAGUGGAUGUGAUGGGUGUGGUGCAGGGCAGUAGUGAUGCAGCUUGGAGGCAAUUUGACGCUGCACUUUUGGCCUGGUGCAGGACCGUCCGUGAGGAGCUGGUUCGAGAUUGGCAAGCCGCCAAUCCUGGGCGGCCCCCAAGUGCUGGUCUGAUUUAA